AUGAAAUUUCUGUGGUGUAGUUCAGCAAGUAUUUCUAAAUUAAAUGGUUUAACAAAGCUACUAAUAGUGACGUUUCUAUUUUUCAACACUAUAUCGGUAGCGUUAAAUGUUGAUUCACCUGGGGUUGACAAUAUGAUGAAUGUAUUCGUAGCUGGUAAAAAUGAGGUAAGCAAUCAUAUAAGUGUAGAGUAUAAUAUCGUGAAAUUUGAAAGGAGUGACGAUUUACCUUCACUAUUAGAGAAAUAUUCUAAUACAGACACUAUACUUAUUAAUAGUAAUAACAAAAUUGCGUAUUCAGAUAUCACGAAUGUUGAUAUCACUGAGAAAAUGGGUCAAACAAAAAGAUUUUGGAAAAGCAAUCUGGAUACAGUUAAGUAUUCAUGGAGACAAUGGAAGCUAAAAAACCAUGGAUAUUGGUGGUCUACUUGGUAUCUAUUAACUAAUUGUACAGAUAAAAGUGAUGUUUCAACGCAUGAAAAACAAGUUUCAAUUGCCUGGAAUUAUACAUAUACAGGGACAUGCAAUCAAGAUAUAUCAGUUAAUUGGGGUGCCAUAAAAGCCCUGUUUCCCUCAAGUGUAAGUCAUACAAUUUCCAGGAAUGGGUUAUAUACAUGCAAAAUACCACCAGGAGGAAGAGGGCAAAUUUGGUAUCAACAACAUAUUGGCUGGGCUGAUUAUCAGGUACAGGACUGUACUUCUGAUAAGUCUGGAACAUCCUGCGAUCAAUUUGGUCCAUAUAUAAGAAUAGAUAUUCCAACCAUAGGAAAUAAAGAUUAUAGAAUAGGAUGCACUAUCAUAACAGAUGAUAGCCAUUGUUAA